AUGAUAAAUUAUGUCCAACAUUGUGAUCCUUACCAAAGAGCUCAAGCGAGGUUCUUGGCUGAUUAUAUAGACAAAAAGGUAAUGGAAACCGGAAAUUUGAUAUGGUGUGAGGAGCGAGAAGAGAAAGAGGCGGGUAAGAAGGGGUUCGCGGAGUUCAUGAAGCAGAUGGAGUCGGAGCUUGGCGAUAAGCCAUUCUUCGGCGACAACGGCUUCGGGUUUUUGGAUGUGGCUUUGAUCACAUAUACCCCAUGGUUCAAGACCUUCGAAAUCUGCGGCGAUUUUAGCAUCCAACAAGAUUAUCCCAAAUUAAGUUCAUGGGUAAAGAGGUGUUUGGAGAUAGAGAGUGUGUCUAAAUCAUUGGCAGAUCCCGACAACAUUUACAACUUCUAUUUGACCAUUAAGAAAAAGCGUGUCAUUUAAAUUUC